CUUUUGUUUUUGGUAAAAGACCACCAGCCUUUUCUCCCUCUGGUAUUAGUCUCUCCCGUUUGUUUUGGAUGUAUAUGCCCAGAACGCCUUGUGCUACAGUCACUUCCUGCUUUUGGAGUGGUCUCCGAUCAGUGUGGUUUUGGAUAYGAACCAUGCCAGAGUUSACUUCAGCCGAACUGAGACCUUAGUUUGUAGGUGAACCAGAGUUCACUUUUUUGGUCCACAUGAGAGUUUGAUUAGGCAUUCACACCUCCCCAAAAGAACMAGACUUUCUUGGCAAAGGAACUGGAGUUUAAUUAAAGCGGACUAAACAGGGCUGGUGUGAAUGCAGCUUAAGACUCCUAAUAUACAUUAUUUAUAAUUGGACCAGAGGUGAUGUCACACUGUGUGUAUGACAGAGCAGCCACUAUAAAACAUGGUUUAACUAACACUUCAAAACAAAAAGCUUUUUGACAAAACAUUCAUUCGGACUACAAAUUCCAUUUGUAGUCGGAACAUGGAAAUCCCGACUUCCAAGUUGGGAAAAUCGACUGGAAUGCCUCACCCUAGUGGGUUCUGUGCAGCUCAGUUAUUACUACUGUUCAUGCCGUAACAGGCAUGAACCAUACCCUGGUACGCAGCGGUACCAGUGUAUGGUUGGAACAAUAAAGGCUUUCCGACUCUUAACGAGUGGAACAACUGGAAUGCAGUGAAGUGGAAAGUUACUCCGACUUCCCAGUUACGAGUUACGUUACAAAAGGGUGCACCAUUUAGAUGCCUCGUUGUCAUUUCUGUAGGACCUAAACAGCAUGGGGGUUGAAGUCAACCCAGCGCCGUCACCCCUCUAAUCAGCCAAGCAAGGUGGUCACAGACCCACAAACCAAGACUGCUUCUGGGUCAAGGAUGUAAUGAAAACUAACUGGGGUCACUGCAGAGUGCACAUGCAGCAUUCCUAGUCACUAGCAAAUUUAAGCUGAGUCAUGGUGAAGUGUGCUAAAACAAAAAAGAUCCCUGGAUUUUAGCCAAGGGUAUUUCUUUCUGUAGCAGUGAUGCUUGAGAAGAGGAUAAAACUGAUAAGAUGCCAGCUAUGUGUUUACCYCUCCAGAGUCGGAGAUAUUCAACACUCAUUACAAGUGUAAUGUUGAAUAUCAACUCUGCUGAGAUCCACUCCAAAAUCUCCUUUGGAUGGAUUUUUGCGACAUGACAAGUACAAUAUAUUGUUGUCUUGAUUUGGAGUCUGAAUGGCCAGAGGCAGCUCAGAGAGGGGCUCAUCAUUGUGGGCUGAUGAUGGUGUGAAAAGGGCUUAAAAAUGGAUCAAUAAAUCUGUCUUAUAACAUCUUAUUUGUGAUUAGUGCAGUUAGCUUGACUUGAAUUACUGAAACAGUAGUCUCUCUGUGUGUAUAUUAUAGAGAUUGUAGACUCUUAAAUUAAUAACUCAAACGGAUUUAAUAACAUGUCUACUGCUGUUAGUUAGGCCUUCCUGUUGUCUUCUAAAAGUCUCACUCUCUCUUGUUCUCUUGCAGCMUGAUUGAACUGAAAUUCUUCUACAUGAAGUGUGAUUUUGCCCGACCACCCACUGCCUUUCAAACAAAUUUCCUCUGUGCUCCUGAGCUGUUGACAGGAGCUGAACGAAUUAACGACUGGCUGGAAAGGCUAAACAACAUGACACCUCUCCAUUUCUGGCACACACACCGAGGUCUGAGAGAUGAGAGGAGGCCAGCRCACACACAAAGCUCGUCAUUGAGAGCCUGUGGAGACGCUCUUCGCUGGAGCACUGAGCUCCAAGUCUUAUACAGAUGCAAAAAAGUCUGUGCCAUGCUCCCACAACGGGGCCAGAAUGCUCGGUUCUGCUUAAUAUCUCCUUUUUCUCUGGUUUGCGCAGAAGAGCAAGGCUCUUGUGGCAUGACGACGACUAACAAAGGAAAUAAAGCCUUAAAGGUGAAGCGUGAGCCGGGCGAAAAUGGCACCAGCCUCACGGACGAGGAGCUGGUGACCAUGUCCGUGCGGGAGCUGAACCAGCACCUCCGGGGGCUCUCCAAGGAGGAGAUCCUGCAGCUCAAACAGAGGAGACGCACCCUGAAGAACCGAGGCUACGCCGCCAGCUGCCGGGUCAAGCGGGUCACCCAGAAGGAGGAGUUGGAGAAGCAGAAGGCACAGCUACAGCAGGAAGUGGACAAACUGGCCAACGAGAACGCGUCCAUGCGCAUCGAGCUGGACGCCCUGAGGUCCAAGUACGAGGCCUUGCAGACCUUCGCCAGGACUGUGGCGCGGAGCCCCACUGUCGGGGUCGGGGUGAGGGCAGGGGGCGGCGGGGGCGGAGGGGUCCCGUCGUCGGUCAUCGGCCCGCUCAUACCGGGGAAGGUGGCGACGGCGACGAGCGUCAUCACGAUAGUCAAGUCAAAGACGGACGCGCGGUCUUGAGGGGAAGAAGGCUGAAGGGAGGGUGUGACAGGAUGGAGCUCCAGCCGCAUCAGAGUAAGCCUCCCUCUCUUAUCGUCCCCCUCUCCUGCACCUGCACCRACUCCCAGCAGCUGGGCGGCACCACCCGGACCACCCCGACGUGUUCCCAUCGUCCUUCUCAGAUCAGUGCAGUUGAAGGACAGGAUGGAGGCAGAGGACGGUUUAUUGGCUCACAAAGAAGCUUCCGGUCAGAGAACUGGAUGAACACACACAGGGUCCCUUUGGCUAAAAUGUGGAUUACGAAUGUCAAAGAAUUGGAGAACUUGAUCUAGAGUCACGAAUUUAAAUCUGAAAGUCAUCAUUUUGGAAAAACACUAGAAAAACCUAGGGGGGGAGGAGGAUUGCGUUUGAUUCAUGUCAAGUUUCUAGUGUUGAGUUUAAAUAAAAAGAUUGAAAUCUGAAACAGAGAUGCACCUGUCAGACUUUUCCUGGCAAUAUAAUUUCUGGUUUUGAAAGAUUGCGAUUUUUUUUUUUCGCUGCAGGUUCAUUGAUUGAUUUUAAUCUGGAUCAAAAAAGUCUAAGUAUUAAAAAUUACCCCUGUUUAUGCAUCACAGCAUGUGUUGCUAGCCUAUGUUUGAUUAUUAAAACCCCCUGAAAGAGUCAAAUUCAUGCAACUAAUUGAAAAUAGUUGGAGUUGAUAGAUUUGAUGCAUUUAAAAAAAAUAGAGACGAAAAUUUGCGUUUUUGRUAUCUAACCUGCAGAUUUCAAAUCAGAGCCAAUCAAGUAAUAAAUUGUCCAAUUCAUAUCUCUAACCGUGUUUGGUUUGGUGCAUCUUUGAUUAAAAAUUAGGUACAUCAAUUGAAAACCCCAAGCUGUACAUCAGCUAUGUCUAAGAAUAAUUAUAUAAAAUAAAAAAAAGUGGCGUGCUGAUUUCAGUGACUGCACCGAAGCCCAGUCUUGUUUCACCCGAGAACUUUUGCAGAAAAGUGCUAAUGGAAAAAUCUAUAAUAUACGAUGGUGGUAACUGUAUUUCUACUGUUUUGUACCGUGUUGUCAUUCACAUGAGGUCCAAGGUGUAUUCUCUGUGUGUGAARUGUUAUAUAUCAGGAAUUCUGUGAAAUUCUGUGGCGAGUGUUUGUUCUGGUAUCGMUAUGUUUAGUUAGCUGUGUUCUUUUCUAUGGUCUUUCACUCUUUCUCCCUCCUGUUUUCCUUUCUCAAGAGCAAGUGGCUUCCAGUAUUGCAUAUUGUACUUCCAAGAUUUGUCAGUAUAGGAGGAUGCUGCAAAGCAAUUCAUACUUAAAAAUAGAAAGAGACAAAUGCACAAUAUCCUGUUGGAAAAAAWUUUUGAAAAUAACUUUGGUUUGUGAGAGUUUCUAGAAAAAUAUGUUUAAUACAGAAAAAUGAUCGGAAGGCCAAGUGCCUUGGUCUUAUAACGAUGUGCACCAAGAAGAAAGUCRAGAGGAACUGAGGGAGGAUGCUGAGGAUUCAAUGCAGAUGUAAAGCUUAAUGGCAUAURUGCUGACCAAUCAGGAAUCAGACAGUAUUUACAGGUCGGGACGCAUCUAUUGGCACUCCUGGUAAAAAUGUGUAAAGAAAAUGUUAAAAUUUUUGUUGAAGUAGCAUAAUCUCAAUCUUAUAAGAAUUAGUGAGAGGGGAUAAAACUCAACAAGAUGGCCCAGUCUUUAAUCCCCACCCACCCCCCUUCUGUGUGUGUGGAAUUUUAACUUGAAAUUCAAACAUUUCUGUUUUUUGGAGUAUAAAUAUAAUGUGACAGAGAUCCAUUUCUAUUAGUCACCAUCACAUGCAAUAAGUCUUUCAAGUUGAAGAUUUACUCUUAAAGAAGUGCAUCAAAAGUGGCAUAGUUGGGUCACCAAGUAUCCAUGGCAACCAUUGGGCCACUAUCUACAUCUACAUGUGGAGUUUAUUGAACCCAACUGGGAGUUUAACUGGAACCACUUGGAAAGCUUAAAGUGACAUUGAUCUUUCCAGCAGUAAUUGUUUGAAGAGAAGACUAGGAGAAAAGAAAAUCUGUCUGGGUUGUGCAAAAUAUCAACAGCAGGGUUGGGUGUUCAAAACAAUUAUUUAUUUACAGUUUUUGGGUUCCCCCCCCCCUGUACUGGAUGAAUGCUCUCAAAUUACAAGUAGGAUUUUUUUCCCCAGUAAGAGAUUAUUCUGCUGCAAUAAAAAUUGAGUUUAUUUGGAUGCUUUUCCUCAGAUUUAGAUUCAUUUAUUUAAAAUUUGAACAUUAAUUAAUAAAUACACCCAAAAACUAAUUUCCGUCGGCUCAUAGUAAGUUGGUGUCGACACAUAAUAAAUAAUGUGCUGACACAUCUUUACCAGGAACACAAAUAAAUGUGRCUGGCACUUUGGUUUGCCGAUUGCUGUCUGAGCUCUGUUGUCAUCAUCAGAAUCGUAUUAAUAAGACUCAUUAAUGUGACUGUCAGGUUAAUUAAAAACAGGCUUACUCCUAUUUAAUUUUCACCAGAAUGGGUCAGAUCUGAGGAGGUCGGCUGACUUGUUGAAUGAGCUUAUUUUUUAUUUUUUUGUUUUGUUUUCUUCUCUUCCAGUCAAACAAGCAGGUUGUUAUUUUUUUUUCUCCCAGGCUUUUACCACAAACGUAGUCCUCCGUGGUGUUCUGUACUCAGAGUCUAUGUAUAGUGGAGUCUGUAAUUUUAUAAAGACAAUUAUCUUUGCAUUGUUUGUAACGACUUGUAAAAAAAAAAAAAAAAAAAAAGGAAAAAAAAAGGCAUCACAAAAUCCGUUUGAUAUACAGUAAUCUCUCUAUUUUGCAAUUGUACCAAAAGUGGCUUAACUACUGAAUAGCUUUGUUUAUUUUUCCUCUAGUGAUUAGGCACCUGUGUAUAACGGUGGACUAGCGCGUGGCGUGCUGUGUAGGUAUGUAACGAGGUGACUACUAGCUACUUCAUUGGUUAUGAUUUUGAUCCGUUUUAGACUUCAGCCCAAACGUGGACGAUGACGUCGUGUGUACCUGCACUCUUUCUCUGGUCGUGUACUCUUUGCCCCGCCCCCGCCGUCGUUCGGCUCCCACGCCGCAGAACCUGCGAGGUCGUUUGUUGAACUGCACUUACAAACAGCGAAUUUGACCAAGUUCGCUUGUUUGACAGAUUUCCGAGCAAGGCCGUUGUGGCUGUUUUUGUUUUUUGGGCCAGUUGCUAUGUUCGGGUCCUGUUGCUUCUGGGAUGAAAAUACAGAAGAGGCUUUAGUCUAAUAUUCAAGUCUCUUCGAGUUAAGCUAGCAGAAAAGUGACACUUGGUGAUAGGGGCUCUCGUCAAACUCACUCCUUCAGUAAGUUAUUUUUGUACUGUGUGAAUAAGGCACUCUGUUUUUCUCUGUAUAUUUUAUGUAUAUUUAAUGUUGUUCUUGUGUUAGCUUUUGAGGAUCUUCUGGAAGUGUCAGGGAAGUUAAAUGAUAUUUGUAAGUGUAUAUGGUGUUUUAUAAAGUAAAAAAAAAACAACCUAUAUUCUGCUAUUUAAUGGUUUGUCUGUCAGGGUGAGGUUGACCUUUUUAACCUGGUUUUAAAGAUUUCUUUCAAUGUUAUGCAAACAACUUGCUGAGUUUUAAACCAUCAGGCUUCAGUGGCCAAAUCCAAUAUUUUUGUGUUCCUACUGGCUAAUUGUAAGCUGUUGUUUUGCUUUGAUUUGUUUUGUCAGGACUGCAAAGCAUAAAGACUCAAAUCGGUUUAUAGAAAAAAAGGGAUAUUUAAGGGAUUUAUAGAUUAUUCUCAUUUAUUAUUCAUACGAUUUGUCCCUAACCGUUCUCUGAUUAUUGCUAAACCCAAAAAGUGCAUCAAGUGUCUCAAUAAUUCCACUCUAAUAUUACAAUGAAAGGAAAACAACUUAAAGAUUAUAACCGGUUCUAAAUAUUAGACAUGCACCGAUCAGGCUUUAGUUUCAAAUUUUUGUUGAAAAAUUUGAGGAGAUUUUGUCUGUGUGUGUGUGUUUUUUUUUUUUUUUUUGUUGUUGAUUUGGAGGGAUUUUUUGAACUGUAACACUGAGUUCACAGAAAACAAAAGGGUUAGUCAUUCACCAAAGCAUAUGUCCCCAUCUCUUAUCAAAAAUCAAUCAGAAAACCUUACUACAGUUACGAUCUUCUGAAAAGGUGGGGAUUCAACAAAACAGGAAAAACUAUUUUCUCCCAUUUUUUUUAACAACCGAACAACAGAGUGAAGGAGAAACUGACUGACUGAUUGGUGCGUCUUUAACAACGRUGUGUCCUUUUAUGUGAACUGCUACUACUCCCUGCAGAAAGGUUAGCGAGCAUGCCACCACCUUUAAGARUAUAUUAUAAAUUUAAUUUAAACGGUGAGCAAAAACUAAACAGUUUCUACAGGGUUUUAACAGUUUUUAACAAUUUACUCUGUGCCAAAACAGCUCCAAAAUUUAAUGAAUUUAAACCCUAACCUAUUCAGAGGAAUCGAGCUACAUCCGGAUUUAAACAUCACAUUUGAAUUUUCAUUGAAAAAAAAAAAUCACUAUUAUACUCUUAUAUCAGCUAAAUCAGUGACAACCUAUUUUCUGUCUGAUGUAUUCUGUUGUUUUUCUGUUAAACUUAGAAAUUUGUGUUUUCCACUGGAGAGUUUACUGCUGUCUGUGCCUCUGUCAACCUGCGUUUCAUCGUCGGCUUGUGAAGGAUCUGGUCUACAAGCAUGAAUGUGUUAAAUCGAAACUUAUUAUGCAAAUGGCGUAGGGUUAAAUUAAAACUCCUGCCUCAGAGGAGGAGUGAUGCUAUCAUGCCUGUAUUUAUUUUUUUUUUUUUUUUUUUUUUUUUUUUUUUUGUCUAGUUGUUUGUUUUAUAAUUGCAGGUGCAAUGUGAUGUGACGAGGUUAAAAAGCAUUUUGUAAGCGAUAAUGAAAACCGAUGUGGGUUUGUCUUUGUUUAAUUGCGGCUCAGAGUGUUGUGGCGUCUUCUCAGUUUUUCCUAAAAGUUAACUGUGACAUUUGCGACAAUAAAAUCUCUUUUAAUUUCUUUCCAAAUGAGCGGAUGACAUAAAAUAAGCUUUGACAUGUGGCUCCCUUCACAUCUAUUGGCACCACUGGUAAAAAUAUGUGAAAGGAAAAACAGCAAUGAUCUAAUCYAACUUUUAAAAAUCCAACCUUUKAUCUGACUACCUUAAUUAAAGGAAUCACUGACUUCCUGUUACCUUGGGUCAUAAACAUGAUGUGAUUUUUCUUAUUCAUGCUUCAAAAUGGGAAAGACAAGAAAACAUGCCAUUUAAAAAGGGAAGACACGUCUAUAAGUCAGAAAAUGGUUAAUAGAAAAGGGCUAAACAUUCAAGUCUACAGUCAGAGAAUACAUUUUCAGGGCUGUGAAAAAGUAUUUGCACCCAAUUUUACUAGCCACACGCAGGGCCGAUUACUGUAAAAGCAGAAAAGCGCUUAAAUAAACCGAUUUCAAGAUCUCAAAAAGAAGCAUAUCAUACCCCGAAAUAAAACAGAAAACUUAAAGACCAGAUUUGAAACAAAGUCUUUGACGUCUCUCUGUCUGGAAAGCUUUAUAAAACCCAAAACCAAAGCACAGCAGCAAGUCCAUCUCUGAUCAGUUYAAAAACAAACCAAGUCAAUGUUUUGAAGUGGCCUAGUCAAAGUCCAGUCUUAAGUCAUUGAGAUGCUGUUGGUCGACCGAGACCGUUGGUGUAAACCAAGCACGACACAACCUCUUGUCAGCUUGAGUGUAAUUUUUUUUCUGCAAACUUGCUUACAUAGCCCAGGUUGUUUUGUUUGAUUACAUUUAUUUAAUGAUCUGAAACAUUUGAUCCAAACCCAAAUAAAUCAAUCGGGGAGUCAUUGAAACAUAAAUGAUCCCCAGAAAUCACUAACAUUACAUCAUAUAAUAUGGCUUUUUACACACAUUUACCAUGGGUGCCAAUAAUUGUACUGGAGCUUCUCCUGGGGAAGAUGAAACUCAUUGUCUUCCAGAUGUGGAUUUCUUGUGAAGCAGUUAUGUGGGCCUCUUUGGCCAAUGGUGUCAAACAUUACAGAGGUUUAAUCCUGAUUUCCACCCCCCCAACGGACUCGGUCAGCUGACGGCGCCGACCUUCAGCCAUACGAGCAGAGCAGGCGGCGUGGUUUCUUUCCGUGACGGCGUUUACGAGCCGUGAGACACGGCAGCCUUGUUUUCCGCUGCAUGUACAGAGGUCACAACCUUCUUACGAUAAGGCAUUUCAUCACUAACCAGAGAAACCGCUCAUACUUGAACCCAUAAAUAAUUUACAGAGACUGAAAAGAGGCGGUGGAGACGCAUCUGAUAACGCUCCGAACCGUCUCUCUCGCUCUGUCCUCCUUUCACAGAAGGCAGCGCGAGUCAAACCGGCGGCCCACCAAGCCCUUCCUCAAAACAUCCAUUUCUUCUGGAAUCAUUAACUCCUUAUCUCGCUGCUUGGCCAAUCGSCGCGGACUCGUUUAGAUGUUUUUCCUGCCUACUGAAUCACGCCACUGGACUCUAAAAGCCCUUUCACCCGCCGCAAAAUCCAGAUCGAUAAAAGUAAAUGAGCCGAGGAUUCCUUUGAUCGUUUGUUUGGCUUUUUCAUCAAUAACGAUGUUUGUUUAGCCUCCUGACUUACCUCAUCUGCUGCUGUGUCUUCCUCCCCGCUGCCCCACAUCACCACUUGUACAAUGUCCAACCAAAACUACUUCUUCUUCUUCUUCUUUUUUUUUUUUUUUUUGCACAUCCACUUAUUUUAGCCUUGAUGUCAGCUUCUUUUCCUAUUAAUCACCCAUCUAUGGUUAAGCGAGGUUGCUCAWUGGAGCCGGGAUGUUUCAAUGUCUCCAAAAAAGUAUACGGUGGUUUGUUUAAAGAUAUACAGAAGUAGUGAGUUUGUGUGAAUAUGGCGUAAUGUAUUCAGAAAAGCCCUUGUGAUGAGAAGCUCUGUGUUUUGUAAUAUUUCUGUAUGGGGUGUAAUAAAUUAUUCUGCGGUACAAACGGUACUUUCUAUGGGAAAAAAAAAACCUUCAAAUGUGACGGUCUUUGUAAGUAUUUAUCUCCAACUAAAUUAUUGUACUUUUUUUUYCUCUUUGCAAUUUGUAGAUAGAUAUGAUGACAAGGUAUUGGUAAUAAUGAAAGUGAACUGUUUCAUCAUCAGUCCGACGCAUCUUAUUGAUGUAUAUACUGUACGUUUGUUGAUAAACAGCUUACUUUAUUUUGUAUAUGACCAAUAAACAUGUUUUAAAAUGCA